AUGGGGAAGAGCAAGAAGAAGAACAAGGGGAAGGCGGGAAUCGACUGGGAGGCGCUCACAGCGGUCGAGCCGGCCGGCGGCGGCGGCAGCGCCGACGCAGGCGGCUGGCAGACGGGCCCGGCGGCGAUGGCGCUCGACGGGGAGGACGGCGGCGCCCCAAGCAGCAGCGGUGCCGUCGGCGCGCCCGUCACGGAGAUGGUCAUGGGGGGGACUGACACCCAGGCGUUGGCCCGCAGAGGCGGCAGCGGCGGCGGCAAGAAGCACCGCAAGAAGGGCAGGGGCGGCGGCGGCUCGGAGGCAAUGGACACCUCGGAUGCGGGUGGCAAGGGCGGCGGCGCCGGCAAGCUAGGAGUGAAGACAGGCGGUGGCAUGAAAAUUACUGGCAAGCGCGGCAACCGCACCUCCCGGCAGCUGCUAAGAAAGAUGGCCAAGCACGACAAGGCGCUCGCGUUUGGGGAGAAGCUGCAGGAGAGGGCUGCAGGCAACCAGAGCAGGAAAGUGAAAAAGGCGGCGCUGAAGGCCAUGUACUGA